AUGGCUGGUGAAGCUGCCGGAAAAAUUGUGGGAAACCACGAGCCUACACAGCUAGAAUUGGAAAUUGCAAGCUGCUUAGUAUACAUUCAGACCAGCGGCAACGCAGACCUUAAGGGCGACGUGCAGAAUGUGGUGAUCUCACAUUGCAAGGAAGUAGAAGUUGGAGCUUUGAAAAAGAGCGCAGUCAUCAUAUUCAUACCAUACCGCGUCUACAUGUCCCAUGUGCGCCGUAUCCACGGACGUCUGGUGGUUGAACUUGAAAAGAAGACCAAGAAACAUGUUGUAAUUAUCGCCCAGAGGUCGAUAUUACCAAAGAACUACCGUGGCAAGCAGUUCCGUAUCAGGCCUAGGAACAGGUCACUUACCAGUGUCCAUGAGGCCGUUCUAGAGGAUAUCGCAGCGCCUACCGAAAUCGUCGGAAAAGUGCUACGCGUUAAACGCGACGGAAGCCGUGUACUACGCGUUUUCCUUGACCCCAAGGACAAACAAAACGACAACGUAGAAGACAAGCUUGAGACAUUCGCUGCGGUAUACAAGAAGCUCACGAACAAGGAUGUUGUGUUUUCAUUCAAGGUUCACGCCUGA